CUGAAUAACAAAUAUCCUAGCACACAGAUUGUUUCUGCUGGAAUACGAUCGCAAAGGUUUGGUUUCUACUCCAACACACACAAACAGUCCACAGCAGCAGGCAGGAUGUCUGUGACCAGGACAGAGGUUGAUGGGGUCACUGUGUUCACUGUGACCUCGGACCCCCGGAGUCCUUGUCCUCCACUGUGUCAAAUGCUCAAGGGCCUUUGCUACAGCCCUGUGUGCUGUUCUGUGUCUCAGCACCUGAGGAGGGUCCAGGAAACUUCUCAGUUCUCACUUCUGGGGGCUCUGCAUAUUGUCGUUGGGUUGCUCACCAUCGGUCUUGGAUGCAUCCUCUGUAGCAGUGGUGGCGCCACUUGGGUGGGGAUGGAGCAUACCUUGUUUCCUUUUUGGUUUGGAGGAAUGUUUAUGUUACUUGGUGUUAUCAGCAUCUUGUCUGAGAAGUGGCCCAGUCCAUGUCUGGUCUUCCUCAAUUUGGUUCUGAAUCUGCUAGGAGUUGCUGUGGUCAUUACAGCCAUCGUACUCUACUGCAUCAGUAUGGCAAACAUACACCUGUGGUGGAUGUGUCAUGAACAAGAAUAUCCAGAAUACACUACGCCAGCUCCGUCCAGUAAGGAGAAGAUGAUGAUGGAGAGGUGUUUGCAGGGCGAGGCACUGACUCUGAUGCUUAUGAGAGGCAUGAAUGCUUUGCUGAUUAUCCUGUCAGUCCUGGAGCUCUGCGUCAUCAUCAGCUGUGUCGUGUUGGGGAUCAAGGCUCUGGGGAGCAGCGAGAAGAGAGAAUACAGGAGCACUGGUGACCCAGAAACCUGCAGAGCAGUGAUGGAGGAAUUCCCCACUAACCCCACAGCCUAAAGUCUCUGCAUUGUGGUACUAUAAUCCUGUGCAUGUGUACCACUGACUGCAUUGUAACAUUAAUGAUUUACACAAAUUAUCAGGUACAGUCUCCAACAAGGUUGCUUAAAAAUAUUUGUCCUUAUAUUUUAGAGUAUUUUUUAAAUUAUCUGAACUAUAUUAUAUAUGCUGCUGUCCAUUUCAUUCAUUCAUGUUUAUUUUGUUUUUUUUUUUACAAUUGUUACCAUUUUUUAUGAUUUUCUAUCCAGUAGUGUGUGUGUGUGUGUGUGUGUGUUUGUGUGUGUGUGAACAUGUAUUACUCAUGUAUUACUAAUGGGACUCACCUGUGUUAUGGUGACAAAACACAAGCCCCCAUAAUGUAAAUCAGAUGUGGGUUACGGUUUGGUUUAGGUUAUGGUUAAGCUCUCCAGGAAAUGAAUGCAAGUCCAUGUAAUGUCCCCCAAAAAUGAUGGAAACACAACUCUGUGUGUGUGUGUGUGUGUGUGUGUGUGUGCGUGUGUGUGCGUAAACUGUGUAAGCUCUUAUCUAGUAACAGGACAUAUUUACCUACGACCCUGUUUCCAUAAAAAUUGUUUGCCUGUGUAAAACGUAAA